AUGUUUAAAACGACAUCAACAAAUAUUACACAUUAUUAUGCUUUGCCAUCAAAUAUUGAUCUCGAUACAUAUGACUUGGAAAAUAUAGAGACGAACAAUUUAGCCAAACGUAUCGAACUUGAACCGGGUGCUAUUUAUAAACUUCGAGUUGCUGGAAUUAACGCUUGUGGUCGAGGUUCAUUUAGCGAUCCAUCAGCAUUCAAAACAUGUUUACCUGGCAGUCCUCCUGCUCCAUCCAAUAUAAAAAUUAGCAAAACGUUAGAUGGUGGUGCACAUUUAACAUGGGAUCCGCCUCAAAAUUCUUCAUCAAUGAUUACUGGUUAUGCUGUUUAUUUAGCCGUAAAAAAUCCAAAAGAUACUGAUAUGUCAUUUGCAUCACAAAAACAAACUCAAAUGGCUUUUGUACGUGUUUAUAGUGGAACAAGUCCGGACUGUUCCGUUCCCUCACAACAAUUAUUAACAGCACAUUUAGAUUCGAGUUCAAGUUCAAAGCCAGCUAUUAUAUUUCGUAUAGCAGCUCGAAAUGAAAAAGGUUAUGGACCAGCUACUCAAGUCCGAUGGUUACAAGAUCAAAAAGAUAAUUCAUCAAACAUUAAUAACCUUUUAUCACCUUCUGUAUCAGUCACCGGUGGACAAGCAAUUAAUUUUAAUCAUUUAGUGGGUGCUCCAACUACUUCACAGUCAACAGGAGGGGCUGGUUCAUUAAAACGAACUUCGUCUAGUUCAUUACAAACAAAUGGUGCAAAAAAAUUACGUGGUGGAGAUACAUGA